CUGUUUUUAACGAAUUUCCACGCUUGAAUUGCAAGAUCAUCACUGACAUUGUAGGGCAGGACCGUGAGUCAACUGGGGCUGCGGAGCCAAAGGGGGUACGCACGAUGCAACUUGAUCCAACUAGAAGCUGAGCAGCGCGCAAUAUCACCUACUUGCAUCUGUCUUUAUCCAACCAAGACGACGCGGUGUAUCUUUAAAAGGCUGAACUGCGGUUUAUCGGUAAUGUAGACUCGUUUGUCCAGUCGGCUGUGCUGUAAGAGACAUGGUGCAUCAGCGGUGAAUGUUCGUGCGUCUUUUUUACCCGGUUUGGCGUCAGCAUCCUUCGUGAGCUAUGGAUGCGUUACGAAGCUACCGCGGUGCUCUGCAAGGGAUGCUCGUGGUCUGGCUCAUGUUUGCGGCAGAGAUUAUUAGGUUAUCCGGGGUAAAAGCCAGCGAUGUCAUGGAGGAACUUGCCACGGAGAAAGAGGCAGAGGAAAGUCACCGCCAGGACAGCGUUAAUUUACUGACAUUUAUUUUGCUGCUGACUUUAACCAUCCUUACCAUCUGGCUAUUCAAGCACAGACGAGUCCGGUUCCUACACGAGACCGGGUUAGCAAUGAUUUACGGUCUGUUGGUAGGAGUGAUUCUACGUUACGGGAUCCCAGCUACCAGCUAUCACAACCAGACCCCCCUGAGCUGCUCGCUGAAGGAGGGUCCCGCAAGCACCCUUCUGCUCAAUGUCAGUGGAAAGUUCUUUGAGUACAGCCUCAAAGGGGAAAUAAACCUGAGAGAGAUUCACAAUGUGGAGCAAAAUGAUAUGCUCAGGAAGGUGACCUUUGACCCAGAGGUAUUCUUCAAUAUAUUGCUGCCUCCUAUUAUCUUCCAUGCAGGAUACAGCCUUAAAAAGAGACACUUUUUCAGAAACCUGGGCUCCAUUUUAACAUAUGCCUUCAUUGGUACGGCCGUCUCAUGUUUUGUUAUUGGGAAUCUAAUGUAUGGAGUGGUCAAAUUGAUGCAAGUAGCAGGACAGUUAAUGGACAAGUUCUACUACACAGAUUGUCUUUUCUUUGGGGCCAUUAUUUCAGCAACUGACCCAGUGACAGUGUUGGCCAUCUUCAAUGACCUCCAUGCUGACGGGGACCUGUAUGCUCUGCUGUUUGGAGAAAGUGUCAUGAAUGACGCAGUUGCAAUUGUUUUGUCAUCGUCUAUAGUUGCCUACCAGCCAAGUGGAGCAAACAGUCACAAGUUUGACGCCUCAGCACUUUUCAAAUCAAUUGGAGUUUUUCUGGGGAUCUUCAGCGGCUCUUUUUUGAUGGGAGCAGCCAAUGGAGUCGUCACUGCUCUUGUCACAAAGUUCACUAAGCUUCACUGCUUCCCCCUGCUGGAGACUGCCCUUUUCUUCCUUAUGUCGUGGAGUACCUUCCUGUUGGCAGAGGCUUGUGGCUUCACUGGUGUUGUAGCUGUGCUGUUCUGUGGAAUCACCCAGGCUCAUUACACUUACAACAACCUCUCAGAAGAGUCCACAAAACGCACCAAGCAGUUGUUUGAGGUCCUACAUUUCCUGGCUGAGAACUUCAUCUUCUCGUACAUGGGCCUGGCUCUGUUCACCUUCCAGAACCACAUAUUCAGCCCAAUCUUCAUCUUUGGAGCUUUUAUUGCUAUAUUUAUUGGUCGAGCCUUGAAUAUUUAUCCGCUCUCCUUCUUGCUGAACCUCGGUCGACGACACAAAAUCACUGGAAACUUUCAGCACAUGAUGAUGUUUGCAGGUUUGCGUGGGGCCAUGGCGUUUGCUCUCGCCAUCAGAGACACAGCCACCUAUGCACGGCAGAUGAUGUUCAGUACGACGCUGCUCAUUGUCUUCUUCACUGUGUGGGUUUUUGGAGGAGGGACCACACCCAUGCUGUCCUGGCUACACAUCAGGGUUGGUGUGGAUUCAGAUCAAGACUUCCAGCCCACAGGAGACAGCUUUCAAGUAUUGCAAGGCGAUGGCGCCCAAGACCAGAGUAAGACCAAACAAGAAAGUGCCUGGUUCUUCAGACUGUGGUAUACCUUUGACCACAAUUAUCUGAAGCCCCUCCUGACCCACAGCGGGCCACCCCUCACUUCCACUCUGCCCAGUUACUGUGGACCUCUGGCCAGCUGCCUCACCAGCCCCCAGGCCUACCAGGAUGAUGAUCAGCUGAGAGACCCAGACUCUGACCUCAUCCGUAACGACCAGGACCUGACCUUUAUGUUCGGAGACACCUCCCUCACAGCUAAUGGGACGUCCAGUGCAAGGGAGGACUCUGACGCUGGGGCGACAAACUGGAGUGUGAACGGAAAGAGGAGUGGCAGCACCUCAGAGGAAGCACUGGAGAGAGACCUGGACUCCAGAGACCAGGAGUUACUGAGCCGAGGGACUAGACUGGUUUUCCCCACUCAAGACCAGCUAUGAUCUGACCCACAGCCAACCCAUGAUCUAAACUAAGAACUGGUCCAAGUUCUGAAGGAAACCUAAAGAGCCAAAAAGUGAAGGACUGCUGAACUGAACCAAAUGCAUCAGUCUUAUGUAGCACCUUUCUAGACACUAAUUCCAUUCAAAAUAACACAACUAAUUGCUAAAAUGUCUUGCCCAAGGAUACAGGAAAUGUGUCUGGUGCUUGAAAGGUAAAUAUUAGACUACUUUUCCCCACGCAAGACAACUAGGAUCUGGCUCAAAAUCCAACCAGGACCUAGACUCAGACCUGGUUCACUUCCUUAAAAAUAGGACCAGAACAAACUCUCUAAUGAAUGGGUCACUUAAGACACCCCAUGUGAAAGGCUAAAAUAAAGUAUUAAAAAAUAAAAAUAAAGUGAAGAACAAAUGAAGUCUUAAUACACCACAUUUGAGUUGGGACUAAACCGUGACAAUUAGAGGGAAUGAACUCAUCUUACGUGAGUUUGCACAUUUGUUGUUUGAAUGGGUAGUAAUAGGAAGGAAACACAUUUGGGACCCUCCUUGUAAACUAAAAGAGUAGCCGAAACUUGUAAACUGUGAUUAAAACUGGAUUUUGCAUAGACAAAACCAGGUCUAUGGGGAAAAGAUGAUGUGAAGAAGUUUGUUUACCUGAAGGUAUGGUCUGUCUAUUUCUCGUAAAAGAAGUGUGCACUAAACCUGGACAAAACUGAUCUAGGCUUGGCUAAAACAGUUCCAGUCCAGGACUAUGGGAACUUAAUAUGCAAAUUCUCUGGUGAGAAGAAUUUUGCACAUUUGAAUUGUAUGUGUUCAGUCUACUAUUGGAAAAAAAAGAAAUCAUGAAUCUGUAUUCUAAAUCGUGCAUUCUUAUUCUACACACUUAAAAAUGCAUCUUUUUUGAGUCAUAAUUAACAGUACACGAUGAAAAAUUAUUUGCACCAGUACUAAAAUGUAAGUAUUUUUUUCACCAUUGCCAGUAAUAAGUCUUUAAAAUAAUCUCUUGUGCCCUGAAGAGGCAUCGCACUGCUACAUUUAUUUGAAAUUAAAUGUAGCUUAUCUCUGUAUCAAAUAAAAACACCCUUGUGGUUAAGAUUCUUCUGGCCUCUUUGACACAGCAGACUUACUGUCAUGGAUGAAAUAGCAGGGGGAUACUUGAGCAUGCAAAUGACCACAAUGCACUGCUUUGUCCCUGCUGCAUCAGACUGUUACAAACUGUAUGUCUGUCUCGUCUUUCAUUGUGUCCUUUUGGGCGUCUGUUACAUCCAAGCAGUGUCGUGUGCUUUUAUGGAGAAUGCUGCCUCAUGGGGCUCUUCUGAUUUGUCAUUCAUGUCAUGAGAUUAAAGAACCAUGAAAUAUUGGUAUAUUAAUAGCCUCUUCAGGAUUGUAUUUAACACAAGCGCUGUCCACCAGAUAGUAAAAAAAAAUCAAUGAUAUUUGCAAUUGCUGUUUCUAUGCAUUCUAGAGGCCUGUUAUGUUUAACUGAGAGCAGGUAGUAUUACUUGUUUUUCUGAUGAUUUUUAAAAUGUGGUUGGAAGAAAAACAUACUAGACCUUGUCACCAAUAAAAUGCUUUGGCCAAACAUA